GUGUUACAUGACGCUAGCGCACUUUUUUGGCUUGGGCAAGCAGCAAGCGUCCUAUACAUUUUAACGUUGGCGUCCGGAAGGCUAGUAAUCCAUAACAAAUUGUUGCGCAUCGCUUCGUGCAACCUGCGCAGCGCUAGGCUGCGAAGCACUGCACCGACCACUGCACACUGCAAGACAUCGCUGCGGCAGAUACCAGACACGUCUGCAAAGCAAGGCCACAAAAUACCGCAGCGGCGAUGGCCAGCUACGCGCAGCAGAACAAGGUCACGCACGCCGGCGUCGCCGUGAACAACUGGGCGGGCGACUUCGAGUGCUCGGUCUGCCGGCGCAAGCGCCUCACGGCGAGCGAGUUCUCGAAGAAGAUGCAGGAGCGCUAUAAGAAGGACGGGAACGGCACGUUGAAGUGCAAAAUUUGCGUCGACAAGGCCGCGGCCGACGAGCGCGCCGCGGCGGCGGCCAAGACCAAGGCCGCCGCGCCCUCCGCAACGACAGACACCGCCACCUGCGCGGCCUGCAAGGAGAACCUGCCCGUGUCCGCGUUCACGAAGCCGCAGCUGAAGAAGGGGCCCGCGAAGCAGCGGUGCCAACCGUGCAUCGCCAAGGCCGAGGCGGACGAGCAGGCGUCGGGCAAGGCGAAGAAGGAGGAGACGCUCAAGGCCGCGCGCGAGGCCGUCGCCAAGGCCGAGAAGAGCGGCGACGCCGCCGCGAAGCUCCGGGCGAACGCGACGCUCUCGGCGCUCGAGGGCGAGCUCGUCACGGGCCUGCGGCCGCUGAAAAUCGGGAGGGGUCGAGGCCGUGGGCGAGGCCGCGGUAGAAGGGGUAAGUAGUACAC